UUGAUAAACUGACUGAUAAGAUGAAGCGAACGUGCAUGUUUCCGCUUAAUAGCAAGUAGUUGCACUGUGAUCGAUGAAGUCGCGGGAUCUUUAUCUAUGAUUGAUUGCAGCUUCGAAAAUUGCAGACGAACACUAAUGCAAGGAUCAGAAAUGUGCAGAGAGCUCCAAUCCUCCAACUAUAAACAAUGGCAGAUAAUCUUAUCCGCAGAUACCGGAACUACGUCAGCGCACGGAUUUUGGGCUCGGCCAGGGUAUGCAGUAUGCAUCAAACACUCGCACAGGCACCGUCCGUCAAGCGGUGCCGCCGGUGAUCACUACACCUGGAGAUUCGUGCGCCAAGACGUCCGGAGAUGACGGCGACGCGGUCCACGCGCGGUGAACUCCGCUUGCUGAUCGGUCUCCGACUCGGACGACGCUCGCGUUUCCUAGUCCGAUCGGCUAGGCGAAGCGGCUCCCAUGAUCCCAUCGCGCCCAAUAAAAGGAACCUGCCUGGCCUCAAACCUCUCCACACCGAAGCGAAAGACCAACGUGCUUAGCGCCCCAUGGCAACCAUGGCUCGCACCCUGCUCGUCGCGUUCAUGGCGCUGCUCCUCGUCGUCGGCCCGUGCCACGCAAGGCCAGCGCCGCAACAGGCACCCAACAAGCUGUCAGCCAAAGAGAAGGCGGCGGCGGCGGACGGCGUCACGGCCAUCUACAACUUCGGCGACUCCCUGUCCGACACCGGGAACCUGCUCCGCGAAGGCGCCACCGGCAUGCUGCGACACAGCAUGGGUCCUCCCUACGGCUCCGCCAUCGGCGGCGCCACGGGCCGGUGCUCCGACGGGUACCUCAUGAUAGACUUCCUCGCCAAGGACCUCGGCCUGCCGCUGCUCAACCCGUACCUCGACAAGGGCGCCGACUUCACCCACGGCGUGAACUUCGCCGUCGCCGGUGCCACCGCCCUCGACGCGGCGGCGCUCGCGAGGAGAGGGGUCGCUGUUCCCCACACCAACACCUCCCUGGCCGUCCAGCUGCAGCAGUUCAAGGACUUCAUGAGCGCCAACACCCGUUCCCCGCAGGAGAUCCGCGAGAAGCUGUCCCACUCGCUGGUCAUGGUGGGGGAGAUCGGCGGCAACGAUUACAACUACGCCUUCUCGGAGAACAAACCAGCGGGCAAUGGCGAGCGCAACCUCUACAACUUCGGACGCAUGGCGACCGGCGUGGUCGAGGCGAUGGCGCUCGUCCCGGACGUGGUGCGGUCCGUCACGGACGCGGCCAGGGAGCUCCUCGACAUGGGUGCGACGCGGCUGGUGAUCCCGGGAAACUUCCCGCUGGGAUGCGUGCCGAGCUACAUGUCCGCCGUGAACGAGACGGACCCGGCGGCCUACGACGCCAACGGCUGCCUCAUGUCGCUCAACCUGUUCGCCCAGAUGCACAACGUGCUGCUGCAGCAGGAGAUCCGUGAGCUGCGCCGGUCCUACCCGAGCGCCACGAUCGCCUACGCCGACUACUUCUACGCGUACGUGCGGAUGCUGAGGGACGCCGGCAAGACGGGGUUCGACGAGGGCGCGGUGACCAAGGCGUGCUGCGGCGCCGGCGGCGGCGCGUACAACUUCGACAUGGAGCGGAUGUGCGGCGCGCCGGGCGCGUCGGUGUGCGCGAGGCCGGAGGAGCGCAUCAGCUGGGACGGCGUGCACCUGACGCAGCGCGCGUACAGGGUCAUGACCGACUUGCUCUACCACAAGGGAUUCGCGUCCCCGGCGCCGGUACAGCUCCCGCGUACCUCAACAUCGGCGGGCAGUUUAGAUUAAUUAGUGUCACAGCUAUAGUUGGUGUUCUUACAUUUUUGCUCCAUAUGUUCAGUGUAGCACGAUUGUUUGUCGAUGUAAAGGGAGCUAAUGCAAACCAAAUACUUCAAUCAUAA